AUGUUCGGAUGGCUGCGUGAUGCACUUGCCAGUGCUCCAACUUCUUUUAAUAAUCGUCAGCUUCCAACACCUUCUGUCUUUCGUCAACCAAGUCGAACACGCGAACCUAUCUCAUCAUCGGAAGACGAUGAUAACAAUCAAUCUGUUGAUCAUUCAUUCUAUCACAAUCCAUAUCAUUCGAGUGGUCAAAUGAAUUACGCGGAAAUCCCUCAUCAACAAUACACCAAUGAACACACUUAUCCAACAUAUCUCGCUCGACAACAAACGUUUGAUCAACCGAAUCGAACACUCGACGAUCAAAUUCAAGCCAAAUUGAUAUCAUUACAACAACGUCCGCAACAAGUUCAAUGUUAUGCUCAUCGACAAAACAAUUAUGCAUAUAGAAAUCGAACGAUCUCCACAUCAACACCUCAUUCUACAUUUGUAUCCAACGGCAAAGAACAACGAUUGAGUAGUAAUGAUGAAGAACGCUCUGAUGAAGAUGAUGACGAGGAUGAUGAAAUUGAUAAAGAUGAGAUUGUUGAUGAAGACGAUGAAAGAUCAUCUGUUACCGAACCUUAUCAUGGAAUUCCCGGUUAUUAUUCUGGUCAAUAUUCUCAUAUAGAUGAACAAUUUGAUUUUGCAUCCGUUGUCCUAUGGUACAGAAAUGUCAUGCAAUCUGUUAAAAAAUAUCUUCCAAAUAAUCAGAAUUAUAUUCACGAUGAAAACAAUCAAUACAAUAAUCAUCAUUAUUCUUUAAGUAGUCAAACGCCGAUCUCCUCGAGAAAAUUCAUUGAAAAGAAUCUUCUGUUCAAUCACGAAACAAAUCAUUCCAAUGUAUCUCAAUCAUCAUCUAAAGUCAAAUGGAUAGGUGCUGUACGGACAGUCACUCAAUUAAAUCAAGUAAGACAAUCUACAAAUAUGUCGAAAGGAAAAGAAUAUGUCACUCUUGUUAAGUCAUAUCCGGAUUCAAAUUGA